CGUCCCUUGCGGCGCGGCGGGGCCCGGCGGCGGGGCCGGGGCUGCCCCUCGGCCGGCGCGAUGGAGCCGGGCGGCGGGCGGCGGUGGCAGAAGGUGCUGUACGAGCGGCAGCCCUUCCCCGAUAACUACGUGGAUCAGCGGUUCCUGGAGGAGCUGCGGAAGAACGUGCACGCCCGCCGCUACCGGUACCGGGCCGUCGUCUUCCAGUCGGGAGCGGUGGUGCAGCAGCUGUGCAGCGUCUGCGUCUUCGUGCUGACCUGGUGGUACAUGGCCGCCGGGGCGCUGAGCCCGCAGGGGCUGUUCGCGGCGGCCCUGGCCUCCUCCCUGCUGGGCUACAUCCUGUUCGACGCGGUGGACGGCGGGGCCGGGCGCUGGGCCAGCGGGCGGACGCGGUGGGCUGACCUGAAGAGCACGCUGGUGUUCGCCGCCUUCACCUACGGCUUCUCGCCGGUGCUGAAGACGCUGACGGAGUCCAUCAGCACGGACACCAUCUACGCCAUGUCGGCUCUCAUGCUCCUCGGCCACCUCAUCUUCUUUGACUACGGCGCCAACGCCGCCAUCGUCUCCAGCACGCUGUCCCUCAACAUGGCCAUCUUCGCCUCGGUGUGCCUGGCCUCCCGCCUGCCUCGCUCCCUCCACGCCUUCGUGAUGGUCACCUUCGCCAUGCAGAUCUUCGCCCUCUGGCCCAUGCUGCAGAAGAAGCUGAAAGCCCAGACGCCCCGCUGCUACGUGGGGGUGACGGUGCUCUUUGCGCUGGCGGCGCUGGCAGGGCUGGCCACCGUCUCCAGCGUGGGGGCCGUGCUCUUCGCCUCGCUGCUGCUCGCCAUCUCCUGCCUCUGCCCUUACUGCCUCAUCCGCCUUCAGCUGCUCAAGGACAACAUCCACGGGCCGUGGGAUGAGGCUGAGAUCAAGGAGGACCUCUCCAGGUUCCUCAUGUAGGCCUGGCUGAUGGGACCCUCACUGCUGUGAGCAGCGCAGAGGUCCUUGCUGAGGGACAGCCCGGGGGCGGGGGAGAACACCCGGCCCAAUAAAGCCUCUGGCACAGCAACAAGGGCCACGUUUGCCUUACCCUCAGCAUCUGUUUCCAGACACGACCUGCUUGGUUUUGGUGAAGGAAGGACCUGAACCCCGUGGAGUGGCCAGCCUGUGCCACAGCUGGGGGAGCAAGCAAGUGGGUCAGGGUGUUCUCCAGGCAUGCAGACCCCUACCCACACUUGGGGGAGGGGGCACAGGCUGUGUGCGCAUCCCCUGAGCGGAAACACCACUCGGAAACGCACAUCUGGCUCAGAUGUGCCCCACAGCAUGCCCAUGGAGGUCCUCAGCGCUAAGGGACUUCAGUGUGUGCGAUGGGGACUGACAGCGCUUCCCUGGGAGGCCUGGAGGGGAAGGGGACUGGGUGAGGGUCGCUGUGGGCAGGGUGGAGGGUGCUGCUGGACCUGCAGGGCCAAACAUGAGGGCACCUGGGAAGGCGCAGUGCAGAGCCCUGCUCACCUGCACCCCUCCGGCUGCUGAUACCAGAAUAGCCUCAUGACGCUGCCAGACUCUGCGUUACCCUUACCCUCAGUCCUUUAGGAGGGGGUGGUGAGGGAGCCAGACCCCCUCCUCCCCUCUCUGAACCCCUCCCAGAGGUGGGUCUGGCCUUGCCACGGGGUGAGGAGCUCAGCACAGGCACCCGUGGGUGCACCCACCGGCUGGGGAGAUGCCAGGCUGCUGGGAUAGUGGCAGGGCCUGGGUCCUGUCUGGCACCACACACAACAGAGGGUGCUGCCGGCAAAGAGGUCCUGGUCAAGACGAGCCAGCCCCAGUGCCGGUGCCAGGAGGGCUUCCCCAGCUCUUCCCCCUUCUCUGCUCCCAUCUGGGACCAUCCUGCAGCAGCCCAGCCCUGCUCCGGCCACCCCGGGGAGCAGAGCCUGCUGGAGAUGGCACCACAGAAGGGCAGGGAUGCACAAUCCUGUGCCAGCCCCACCUCACAGGGAUGCAUUCGGCAUUACCUGGGGUUUUAUGAAACUUCCCUCUUUUGGAAACCCGAUGCUGCAGAAGUGCAGUUUUCUGCUUGAUUUAGCUCAUCCCUUUGAGCGGCGGCAUCUCACCGCAGCGAGCGGGCGCUUGCCACGCACACCUUGGGCUUUCUCGGAAAUGAGCAGCCCCCAGAGGAGUCCCCAACACCUCCAGUGCUUUGUUAUGGCUCUUGCCAAGUGUUAAAUGUUGCUGUUGUCGUCAUGGUGAUGACUACAUCUCAUUUUGGUUUUAAUUAAAACCUGUGGAAGUGUAGAGCUCAUGCUCCAGUCUCGCAGGGAGCACAGAGUAGCCAGAUGCUCAGUCAAGAUGACAUUUUUUUAGUUCUUUGGAAAGAAGGCUUUUUUUCACAGGGAGGUUUCCCAGAAAGCUGCUCAGCAGCCAGGAUGUCCCAACUCGUGCUGGGCUAAUGACACUGAAACGCUGCCAUCCAAAGCCGAUUCACGGAGCCUGUCGGCAGGGCAAGGUUUGAAUGUAAAUCAAAAGUAAAUAAAAUCUAGCCUGCCUGGCGCCCGUUGCUAA